AUGCUAGGUGAGGAGAAGUACAAGCCUGAGGAACCCUCGGCAGAUCCCACUUCCAGUACAGAUGUUGCAGUGGUUCAGAAGCCGCGACGGUUGAAGAAGGCAGCGACUCGAGCGCGGCUCGAGGAACGCAGCACUUCACCUCGUCCUCCAGAAGCAGACAAGGAACCCACAGUUCCGACCACAGAGGUGCGACCUUGCGACUGCUGUGGUGAGAUGAGAAAAACCACAAACUUCUCCCGUGGUGAUGAGACCCAGUGGCUCUGCGCUGCUUGCCAGCUCACCAAUGGAGGCCUUGCCUUUGGGGCCAGGCAAAAGCAGAAAAGGCUCAACGUAACAGCUGCGUUGAAGCCCCAGCCAGUGUUUAAAAGGCAAAACAGCGACAAGCUGCUCAGGAGCAAGCUGAGUGCUGCUUCCGACGACGAGAACAGCGAGAACGCCUCAAAUGCUGGAAGAGCGAGAAGGCGUGGCAGAUGCAAGACCAACAACAAUGACACUGGCUUGGCAAGCAAUAGCAAUAGCCUUGCACCGCCUGAUGCGGACGGUGGAACGCCCCAGAGAAGAGCUAAGCUCAUGCGGGCGAACACCGCCAAUCUGGGCGGCAUUGAUAAGAGGAGCAACGUCAGCAGUGAAGGAAGCCAGGCACUGGAAGCCAAGGAGCUGCUGACCAGUGUCAAGGAACCAAAGGCCGGUGAGCAUCGCAAGAAGGUCCCAGACAAGCCCGCCACGGCGGAGCUGUCAGAUGGUGAGGGCGUCAAGGUGCCCCCGCUACCUCAGCGCACGCUGCCCGGCGGCUACACCGUCGGCGAAAGAGCAGUGACGCUCAUUUCCAGAGAGGCGCAAAACCAGACGCUCCUCAUGGAACUGGGUCAGGAGGGCAACAUCGUUGGUGCAGUGGAGCGUCGCUUCGGAGCCGAAGUGGACCUCCGUCUGUUGGUCCAGUUCCCAAAGGGCGUUUGCUGGUGGCUUUCGCCAUUCCAGAUCAGUCAGCCAGCUCAAUUCGGGGCAGCGCGGGCUGCUGGAAUAUUUGGCUUCAGCUGGGGGUGCCGGGUGAAGUCUUUAAUCACCCUGCUCAAUCCACCUUCCCAGCAGCCACACCAGGAGCUUUGGUUGGGCGACGAGGGUACAGUAGUUGGACCAUCGGUGGUCAAAGGCAAGCUCGCAGUCCGAUUUGACAAUGGAAUCGGCGAGUGGAGCAUUUGGCCCUGCCUUAUUUGCAAGACAGAGGCCUAUGAGGAAGCUGUUCAGGAGAAGAUCCUGGGAUUCGCACGGGGCGAUAGAGUCCGUUGCUUGGGCCAGGUCUUUGGCUCUCGCAGCUUUGAUGAGACCAGACUAGCCGUGGCAGAUGGGGAGGAGGGCACCAUAGUUGGACCUGGCCAUGCGUCUGGCAAGGCCAUACCUUGUAACAGUAAUAAUGCCUUUCUGCCACCCUGUACCGUGGGGGGGGGGUGCCAAGGCAUUUAG